GAACGGGAGAGGCCGACCCACAUCGAGGCUUCGAGUGUUUGUAUUGCUGACGCGGCGAUCCAAUCCAAUCCAAUACCCAUGGCGGAUACACAGGCAACACACAGCGCAUAUACUACCUACAGUACAAACUAUCAGGGAGGAAGAUACGAGAGUGCAGGAUCUAGCCAGCCUCCGACAACGCCUGGCCCAUGGGCGAGAGGAUAUGGUGUGCCUCACAAUUAUCAAUCUUACCCAGAGUACCAGCAAUCGAAUAAUUACAGCGGCCAACAGUAUGGGCGAAACAAUUACCAGAAUCCGCAGUACAACAGCUACGGGUCGCAGUAUAAUCAGCAUCGG